AUGGUCAAACAAGCUGAUUUUGCUGUAGAGCAAUAUAUGGACAAAUAUGAAACUGGGAUCAAGUUCAAUUUGGGUGAAACAUGCUGUCAUUCCAUGACAAUACAAGAGGUGAGUAAUCUUGCGCGAGUUGGUGCUUCAGAUUCUCUUGUAAGCGGUAUAAUUAACUCAAGAAUGACUUAUGGACACAUUAGAGGGUCUCCAGAGUUGAAAUCAAUUAUUAGUGAGCAGAUAUAUGAAGGCACCGGAUUGACUCAAGAUAAUAUUAUUAUCACCAAUGGGGCCAUUGGUGCCAAUUUCCUAACAUUCUACACCAUCGUAGAUAAAGAAGAUCAUAUUGUAGUUGUAGAUCCAAGCUACCAGCAAUUAAGCUCAGUUCCUGAGAUGUUUGGCGGUAACGUUGAGCUUUUAAAAUUAAAAUUCGAGGAUAAGUACUUGCCAGACUUGAAGCAAUUGAGAGAAACCGUUACUAAGAAUAAGACCAAGCUUGUCGUGAUUAAUAAUCCUCAUAAUCCAACUGGAGUCGUAUGGGGAAAUGAUAUCUUGGAGGAAAUUGUUGACAUUUGUAGAGAGAAUGAUUGUUACAUAUUUUGUGACGAAGUGUACAGGCCCUUAUACCACUCAGUUGAAAAGGCACCAAGUUCAAUUCUUUCAUUUGGAUAUGAAAAGGCCAUUUCAACUUCGUCUGUAUCUAAGGCGUUCUCUUUCGCAGGUCUUAGGUUGGGUUGGAUUGCUACAAACGAUUCAAAAUUAAGAGAAAGAUUCUUUUCAAAGAGAGACUAUAAUAUGAUUUCAAUCUCUUUGAUAGAUGACAAGAUUGCAACUUUCAUAUUAACUCACCAUAAGAAGAUUCUUGAGAGGAACUAUCAACUCUGUAAAGAUAACUUAGAUACUAUUCAGAAGUUCAUCGAUCUACUGAAUGGUAAGUUAGAAUGGGUUAGACCUCAAGGAGGAGCAACUUGUUUCAUUAAGGUCAAUGUGAAGGGAAGUAAGUCAACAAUGGAAAUAGGUUCCGAAUUGGCCGAAAUCCAUAGCGUUUUGGUUGUACCUGGUGAAGUGUUCAACCACCCAGGGUUUAUAAGAGUUGGAUUUGGGAACAGUAAGAAGGAGAUAGAAGAAGGGUUCCCGAUUAUAUUAAAAUACUUAGAUAGUCUAUAG